AUGGCUCGCGUCAAAGUGUUCCCCGUCGUCUUGCUGCUCGUUAUGGUCGUCUCGCUGCUCAUUGCCACAAGUAAUCCUCCACUCUCUCCAUUGGGGAUCACUUGGGAGUAAUUUCAUUUUAUCUAGGAAUUUCAUUUACACGGUUCUUCCUUGUUGUGAAUUGAUCAUUUAACAUAUAAUUAAUUCUCCUCAAAUAAAGCAUGAUGUUAAUAGCAUCGCUAUCUGUGCCGAUGAGUUUCGUAGAUUUUCGAAUCAUGGGAUCAAACUAAUUUUUGCCGUGGACGUAGGUUCUGCUCGAGAGUUAUCGCAGAAUGUGGAAGCGGGCCACAGGCUUUGUAGCCGGCACAUGGGGUUCUGCUUUCCCUUUAGGAGUUGCCAAAUGAUCUGCAAGAGGGCGGGUUACUUUCGGGGAUCGUGCCAGGGCCAUUUUCGACCUCAAUGCAUCUGCUACAAGCCAUGCAAGCCGUAG